AUGUCUGAACUGUAUAAUAAUUCGGAAAGCGAUAAAAAAAAAGCACAAUUGCUUUUCCUUUUAACCUUUGUCCUAUCUAAUAAAGGAUAUGCUUCAACACACAAUUUGUUGGCACCUGUACUGGGAAAAGUCCAUGCGAAAUUUCCAACACCUGUAGAGUUUAAGGCUGUGUCCAAUUGUAAACCGCAUAGCCAUAAUACACCCCUAUCGACAAUUAUCUGUUUACAUAAAGACUGUUUGCCGCAAACUACACGUGCAGGAUUAUCUGCCUUCGUACAAGUGUUCUCCAUUUCAAAUGUAAUCGAAUUUCUGAUUCAUUUGCCCGGAAUACUUAAAAGGAAAAAGAGUAUAAACCAAAUUAUAAACGGUUUACCAAUGGAUUCAUCUGCGCGACUUGCAUUAUCAGUUUCAACAUACGUGAUUAUAUAUAAAAGCCUAGUUCGGUUUUUUAUGCGCUUAUUUGAUCCAUUGCUCCGAAAACCAUCUUCAUUUGAUGAUAUAGUAUGUUCUCCACUGGUGCCACCUUUUUUGGCUGGGUUAUUGGCUGGUCCCGCAUUGCUUAUUGACGGGGAUCAACCUCGCAGAAUAAUGAUUUCUGUAUAUAUUUUGAGCAAAAGUUUACAAUUUACUUAUAACGCACUUAGACAAAAUAGAAUUAUUCCUAAAAUGCCUUGGUGGUGGGGUUCUUGGUUAUUGUUUCCGAUUAGCUCUUCUCAAUUAAUUUCCGCCUAUUUGUUACAUCCUGACAUAUUCCCUAGUAGCUACGAUAAGUUUAUUACAAGUCGGAGUAAAAUAUAUAUAAAUCCAAGACCAAGCGAUUUCCCUGACACAAUGCCUUGGCCAACUGGAAGAGAGAUAGUUGAUCGUAUAGCAAUAUUAUCUUCGCUCUACUUCCCUGAAUUUUAUUCACCUAAACUUCAUGGUAGAGAUGUGCCUCCACUUCCUGAUAAUUUAAAGCCAAUUCAACCGAUAUGGGAAAUCGCUCAUCCUGCUCACUCAAAAAUGAUGUGUGCUAUGUUGCAUCACGAUGAACCUAGUUGUUUGGUUACUUAUACAAAAUUUAUUGCAAAAGAAGGUGUUAAUUCUCUUAAAUUCAUGGGAAUGAUUUAUACAAUUUCUUUACUCUUCCGUGGAAAAUCCUUAAUUGAGAGGUUGGUGAUGAAAAAAAUCAUAACUCAAGUAUUAAAUAAUGCGGUACCAGAAAUAUUUAAAGGAGCAACGUUUAUAACCAUGGCAAUUGCUACGGCAUGGGCAUUAAUUUGUGGUUUUCAAAAUGUACUUCCAAAUAAGUUCAUGCCUAUCUCAAGGAUAUACCUCAACGGAUUUAUCUCAGGAUUAUGGGUUCUAGUAGAGAGCCCUAAAAGAAGAUUAGAUAUUGGAAUGUAUAGUUUGAGGUUAUCAAUUGAAUUACUUUGGAAAUUGCUGGUUAAGAAAGGAAAGAUUAGGAAUAUAAGAAAUGGCGAAGUUAUUUAUUUUUCAUUGGCUAUGGCAAUGAUUAUGACAAUUUACAAAAAUAAACCAAAGAGUAUAUCUAGUCCUUACAUUAGAAUUGCUUUAUCGAGAUUGCUUGGAGAGUAG